UCCCAGAGUGCUUUGCGCUUGCUAAAGGUAAACAAACCCGGGCUGUUGCUGAAACUGGACUGAAUGAAUUUGUUAAAGUUGCUGCAACUCCACUCCGUAUUCAACAUAACAUACAGUAAACACAGAAGUGACAGUGUUUCGCCCCUCAAACCCGCAUUUUUGUUUGAUUUAUUCAAAAUAAUCCGCACUUAGAAACAUGUUGCAGGGUGUUUUGCUAUAGCGACAUGACGCUAUUCUAUAUCUAGAUCUUGAUAGAAAGACAGGAAUAAACUUAUGGUUUGGGGAAAAUAUAUAGCCUAAUAUUCUGUAAUAUUUAUAAUGACGACACGGAAGAGAAAGAAUUUAUCAUUACCUCAAUCAGAAUCUGGAGAUGGUGAACGUCCUCCCAAGAAACUCAUACAGAGUCAGUCUGACACGAAAUCUGCGGAUCAUCAUCAUCUCAGCCCUUAUUUCUCAAUGAAAGACCCCGUCAGACUGAGUGACAGCUUCUUCCACCAGCCCUGCGUUGACCUGGCGAAGGCUUUUCUCGGAAAGGUGUUGGUGAGGAAACUAACUGAUGGCACUGAGCUCAGAGCAAGGGUUGUGGAAACCGAAGCAUAUUUGGGUGGGGAGGACAAGGCGUCCCACUCAGCGGGGGGGAAACGCACAGAGAGGAACACUGCAAUGUUCAUGAAGCCUGGCACCAUCUACGUCUAUCCCAUCUACGGCAUCUACCUCUGCAUGAACGUCUCCAGCCAAGGGGAGGGAGCGGCCGUGCUUUUGCGCUCGCUGGAGCCUUUGAGCAGUCAGGACGUCAUGAGGGGCCUGCGAGCGGCCAAACGCAAGGCUGGAGCCAAAACCCUUCGGGACAAAGAGCUCUGCAAUGGCCCGUCCAAGUUGUGCCAAGCGCUAGAUAUACAGCGCUGCUUCGACCGCAGGGAUCUGGCCACUGAUACAGAGGUGUGGCUUGAGAGGGACCCCGAGCGAGAGACUGCCCCUGGAGAGGUGGUGUCGGCCCAUCGGAUCGGAGUGGAGUCUCAUGGGGAAUGGGCAACCAAACCGCUUCGCUUCUACCUGAGAGGACACCCAUGUGUGAGCGUCCUGAACAGAGAUGCAGAGCGUCAGAUGGAAAGGACAGUCUCCUGAAAGAUCUUCAUGUUAUUCGGUCUCUUUAAAGAGAUUGUCAUCAUCUACUCACUCCCAUGUUGUUCUAAACUUGUAUAUUUUUUUUGUUAUUUUGGAGAACAGAAAAGGAGAAGUUUAGCAGAAUGUCCAUGUUGCUCUUUUUCUAUAUAAUAAAAUAGAUGGUGCCCAGGGAUCUUCAAGCGCAAAAAAAGGACAAAAAGCACCAUUAAAGUAUCAUGAAGUGUGCUUUAUAUUCUAAA